ACGUAAAAAAAUGUAAUUUACUCCUUGCUUAGAUUAUAAAUAAAAUUCUUAGCCAAAACCGCCGCUUGGGUGUUUCGCCGGGCAUAGACUUCCUUGUUUACUUCGUGACAUUGGUCAAUCAGCAAGAUGCAAAAAUAAACGUAACAAUGCCCCCUUUCGCAUUCGCUCAGACAUAAAUCAAACAAGUCAAUGAUAACUUAGUCUUCCUAGGAGUCUCAGUUUAAUUACAGUAAUCAAAAAUUAGUAUAGAAAUAGCUGUGAUAGACUAGGCUAAAAUUCUUUACCGGUACUAUUAAAAAACAAAUUGUUGAAUGGUUUCAAUUAGAAGAGAUAGGCGGAUAAAAUGUAUUUACGUAGACAUACUUUACUUCGGCCGUUAUUUUACUCUGGCCGUGUUUGCCGACCACUGGGAUACGCAAACUGCCGUGCCUUACUGCGAAGACGAGUCCAGCAAUUCUUUCGCGUAUGAUAAUCGCCCACGGGAUUCAAACAUAUACGGAAGCGCGCAGAGUACAGUGAUCAAGUGCAUGAUGCGCCGAACAAAAACAGGUUUCGCGAAAUCGCCCCCUUCGACUUUUUCGCCCCCCUCUGUAUCGUUUUUUCCCACCGGGGGGCGAUAUCGCCCACUUUGGGAAUCACUGGACUAACCGAUGUGGCCAAUCGUGUUCAGGGAGCUUGUCAAAUGUAAACGUUUUAAUUAUAACCCGUGACAAACUGAAAAAUAAAGUAUAUGGAUUUCAACCGGCUGUGUGUGAAAAAACCUGUAUAGAUGUAGAACGUAAUGAAUAUAGUCGCAGAAAAAAAAUUUCAAGAUAAAUUGAGUGAGUGACUUUACCUUGAGCACAUCUAAUAAAUGAUGAUCAAGGAAAGAAACAAAGCUCAGAUAGAUUGUUUCACAGGCUUGCCUCGGGCCCAAGUUCCACGAACAUUCAUUUAAAUGCAUUAUGCAACUUAUCAUUGUACAAUUGUGUGCAGUUAUGUUUCACAAAAGACAUAAUCAUUCUUACCGUUCAAUUACCUUAAUACUGACAAGAAAAGCGAGAAAUUUGAUUUGUACGGUUGGCGUGUUUAUUAAAUAAUUUACACGCUCAAGAUUUCGACGCGCUGUUGCGGAAACAGGUAAACUGAAUUAGGGAACCCCACCCCGUGAAGGAUCGUUCCAUGGCUUAAUCAAGCGUAAACCUUAUAUGAUAUUCUCAACCUUAACUGUAAUCGGUGAGACACAACAAAAUGUGAUAGUAAAUAAUAUUCUUAGUAUAUAUAUAUCUAAUUACACUUAUGAGCAGUUUUGCCAUGUGUAACGGCAUCAGAUGACGUGAACAUCCUAAAAAAAUAGUUUGAAAUGUGCAUGUUAAUGUGAAAUGUUAAUACAAAUUGGAAUAGUCUAUACCAGUAUACAAUUAAAUUCUAACAACACUCGUUAAACUUAAAGCCAUUGCCUUUCCGCCACAUGUUUACAGUCAAAUUGACUUCUCUUCUUCUUCUGAAUGAAGUCCGGAAAAAAUCUUUGUUACCAUCGUUCGAACGACAGGCUUAAUUGAAUCUUACAUUGAUUUGUCAACUAAUUCUUUUGAGCAAUUUACUGAUUGGGCCCGCUAUUAGCACGGAACCUGUAUACUCUUGAACUGAAGAUAUAUAAGUCGCUACAUAACCAGACAUGGCAUUUUAUAGAGUCUGUAUUGAAACGAGAAUUUUCCAGUUACCGUGCUUGGCGACAGACAUAUUAGCCCAAUCGUAUCCGCGAAAAUCAAUUUAUCGCUUUUUUCUCGGGGGACAUUUUACAACGUUUUUAUUAUUUUACAUACACCGUAUAAGACAGAAGUCUUGUACUUAAAUUAAACGGCGCCAUAUUGUGACAAAGGCUUAAUCAGGCUAAUGAAAAGCAUCAUCGACUAAAACAAACUCAUCUUACACUCGGCUAAAAUUAAAUGAAAGACGUUUUAUUAUGUGAUAGGAUCUGUUUGGUACUACGCUCGCUGGAGUUUCUCACAUAUUUAGGUUUCAUGAAGGACCUGUUUACACAGAAAAAAGGGCAAUGUCUUGGCAUUUGCUAGAAAAGGUUUUGGAUUCUAUCGCAAAACAAGCAACAGUUGUUGGUAAAUUGUGGAUUACCUUUGCUAUUUAUGUUCAGAAUUAUCUCAUUGACGAGAAUGGCAGAAAAUUUAUACUCGGAUGAACAAGGUGCUUUCAAAUGUAAUACCAGGCAGCCAGGGUGUGAGAAUAUGUGCUUCAAUCAGUUUUCGCCGAUUUCACACGUCAGAUUCUGGGGGUUUCAAACUAUCAUCACAGCAACGCCUUCGAUAGUGUUUGUGGUAUAUGCUGUACAUGCCGUAUCAAAACUUCCGAUUCCGAAAAAGUUUAGGAAAAAAGAUAUGAAAGAACGAAGAAGAUCUAUAAAACGUUGCAGUCAUGGAAUAUUACUCAUUUCACCACUGCAUCCGUACGGCAAGCCGACAAAAGGGAGCAAGGUUGAAAAAUAUCAAACCGAUAGUGAGACUGGAGCAUCGAAGUUCAAAUUAGAGUAUCCGCCGUUGGAAACAAUCUCAUGUAGAAAUUCAUUUGAAGAAACUUCUGAUCAUUUUGGCAAGAUAAAGAAAGAGAAUCCAAUGACAGAAUCAAUGAUCGACAUGGAAAAAUCGCUACAAAAAACUCUCCCGUCACCAAAAAUUAUAAAAAGUUCAUCGCAGCAGAGUCACAGUGAACUUUUGGACCUAAUUGAUCGAAUGGAAGGUCGUCUAACGAACGCAUACAAAAUGCAAUGUCUUGGGAGAACUUUUUUAGAAACUUGUUUCCUGACUAUCCAAUGCAUUGCGUUUGGAUUUGAGGUCCCCGAGAAAUAUCGAUGUGCUACUUAUCCAUGUCCAAAUACGGUCGACUGUUUUACAUCUCGUCCUGGUGAGAAGUCGUCCAUGUUGAUUUACAUGUUUUUCGUUACAAUACUAUGCAUCGUUCUGAGUUUGUUUGAAAUGUAUGAAUUGUCUGAACGAAAUUCUUGCGUAAAGGGGAAGCAGAUAGCAGUGAGGAUAAGAGAGCGAUUGUGCUGUGGCGUCAAAGAAGAAUUUGCCGAAGAUUUGGAAUGGCAUGAGGAUGAACAAGCAGCAAAAGAGUGGUAUUUUGUUGAUAAUUUACUUGAUCAAUCAGUAUGUUCUGGAGAGUCUUCCGAAUCUUCUUCCAGUGAUGAAGAUAAUAAUUCUAUAGACAGCCGAGAACUAGAUGAAAUGUACGAACAAGAAUUCGAAAUGGAUACAAAUGAUUACGAAGCAAAUGAUCAGGAUGAUUUUUGAAAUAAUAUUAGAAUAUAUAUAUAUCUUUAUUAUGUACUCUGCUUAUUUUAUAAACGUUUUAUUUUAUUUCAAUGCUUAUGAAAACAAUAUUCCAGUUACUGUCAACAUGGCCGUCGAUAAAAGUAACUCAGUUCUACAAAUCUAUAAGAUUUCAAAUGCUGCUGUUUUAUAUGUGUUUUAUUUUUUUUUUAUUGCACAGUUUGAACUAAAAAUAAGUUAGAAAUCAAGUAUGCGGUGGCCUGAACUAAACUUCGAAAUCACGAAGCAACAUAACUAAAAAUAUUAACACUAAAGGGUUUUAUAUCAUUAAGCGAAAUGUAUCAAAUGGUUUUAUCCGCUCAUAUGCUAAUAGAAUAAUCAAAUUACUCUGUAUCAAAUAUACAGUAGCUUCAGCCAUGACCUUCUAUUACCACCGUUUUGUCCAAAUUUGUCCGUCUCCCUUUUCCCAAGUGAUUUAGUCAGUCGCUAAUAUAUCGAUUUAAAACGAUGUGUUGACAAGUCUUUGGUAUGUAUAGUAGUUGCGCCAGCAUAUUGCAAAAAGACUCGUGACAAAGUUGUACACAGUUGGUCUGUACAUGCAAUAG